CUAAAUUCACGUAUUUCGCGGUGGGGGUGGGGCGACAGGCGUGCUUGUCUGUGUAAAAGCAAAGCUGUUUAGGGACCGUCUGCAGAACUGGCUACACGAAUGGCGGCUGCUUGUAGUGGUGGUGGUGCUGGACUCGCAGUAUCCACGGGAUUGGAGGCAGCAACGCUGCAGAAACUGGCGCUUCGGCGGAAGAAGGUGCUGGGGGCCGAGGAGAUGGAGCUGUACGAGCUAGCGCAGGCUGCCGGCACCGCCAUCGACCCCGAUGUGUUCAAGAUUCUGGUGGACUUGCUGAAUCUGAACGUGGCUCCCCUCGCCGUCUUCCAGAUGCUGAAGUCCAUGUGUGCUGGGCAGCGGCUGACAAGCGAUCCCCAGGACUCGGUGUCUAUAUCUCUGACCACAUCCACAUCAGAGACCCGAGGAAGAAACCGAGGUGGGCCCAUUCUUGGCAAUGUGACUAUGGCGGCAGAACGUGGAAGCCGCGAACGACCCGUCCACAGGAUGCCACGCCAGCCCAGUGCUACCAGGCUGCCCAAGGUGGGAGGACCUGGAAAGAGCAACUCCCGGAGCAGCCCAUAGGCUCGAACAGACACUGCACUUGACACACAGUCUUCAAGGCAGAUGCUGCCCACCUCUUCACUUCCUUAAACCGUUCUGAGAAGCUUAAUAUCUGUGGCUUUUUGAUACUAUUAAAAGAUUUAGAUUUGGAAUGA